CGUCCCAAGGAUCCCGUUUAUACAUUUCCGAGGUUCAAUUGCAGAGCGUUGUGAGAAAAGUUGCCAGUUUCAGGUGGGGAUGAAUCGCAAAGGAAGCAGAGGAGCGACUGGCACCGCACGGCACGGACGGACAAAUUAGAACAAAAGAGGGGAAAAGUAUAUUGUCAAGAAAGUGAUAACGUAACGUUUUAUAAUUAUUUAUUUAGAAAAACUGAAACAUUAGACAAACAGUAGUGUUUUAAAACUAUCUCGAUGAGAUGCUGUUUCGUUUCGCCUAAAACAACUCUAAUCCAGCAAUCAUAACCCAGAAGAAUAAUUGGAGUUGGUGUAAAGUCUCAGGAAAAGUACACAAUGGCGAAAUCUAACAACUUUGGAAUCGACGCGCUGUUGGCGCACCGGGUGGACCGAGACAGCUCCCCGGGACUGUGUUCUGUGGACAACCCAUUCUCGUGCCGCCGGUCGGAGACCCAAUCCCAGCGGAGGACCACCAGCGGUAUCCACAUUCAGACCGGGAAUAUCCCCAAACCGGGUCUAUUGAAUUUCUCUCACCAGGGACUGACCCAGCUGUCUCAGGGGGCCAUCCCUGGAAUGUAUCCCACCCACAUGUACCCCGUCGCGGCUCUGAGUGGCCAGCACACAGCCUUCGCCUAUCCCAGUUUCGUCCAGCCGUACCCGGAGCAUCUAAGGGCAGCAGUUAUGGCUGGGUUUCCUCUAGAACACUGGAUUAGAGCUGGAAUGAUGAUGCCAAGACUCGGAGACUAUGGUGGCAAUUUAACAUGUGAUAAUAACCUCUCUCUCAUGGUCUCCACUCCAGCCUCUUCUCAGGCCAGUCUGAUGGGAAAGUGUCGUAGGCCCAGAACAGCCUUCACCAGUCAACAGCUACUACAGCUGGAGAACCAGUUCAAACUCAACAAAUACCUGUCCAGACCUAAACGCUUUGAGGUGGCCACCUCUCUCCUGCUCACAGAGACACAGGUGAAGAUCUGGUUCCAGAACAGGCGGAUGAAGUGGAAGCGGAGCCGCAAGGCCAAGGAGCAGGCAAUCAAGGGCCAAGGUGACUCCGACUGUCCCCACGGGGGGAAGCAGGGCAGCAAUACCGGGUCUGGAGACACCCGUAACUCUGGUACCCCAGACGAUGAAGAUGAGGAGGAUCUGGGAGCAGGGGAAGAAGAUGAUGUGUUAAGUGCUGAUACCGUAGGAGCUGGAGUGGGUUUACUGUCUCGCCCUACACAUUUCCUGAGGCACACUGCGACAGAGCUCAGCUAUAGUUCUCAUGGUUCCUACUCAGACAAUGAACUAGAGGACAGUGGGCCUGGACUGGAGAGAAGGGUUGGGGUGGGGUUAUGAGGAGAGUGGGCCUGGACUAGAGAGAAGGGUUGGGGUUAUGAGGACAGUGGGCCUGGACUGGAGAGAAGAGUUGGGGUGGGGUUAUGAGGACAGUGGGCCUGGACUGGAGAGAAGGGUUGGGGUGGGGUUAUAAGGACAGUGGGCCUGGA